CAGCCCACAGAUAUCCGCCUUCGCUAGCAAUUAUCCGCUUUGCGUCGUAAAGGCCCUCAUUCCAGGCGGUUUGCAUCCGGUUCUGCGUUCCCGCGACGCUUAUUUGUGUGUUGUUCAACGAAUGCGGAAGUGGGCAGUACAUAUCGACGCAGAACAUAUCAUAUACGCGAUUGGAGUUCCCACUAUCGACGCAUAUAAUACUCAUCAGUGAUCUCUGCGAAGCACUUGAAAGUCGCGCCCUGCGUCUGUCCAGAUGUCAUUGUACGACUGCUAGUUUGAGUUGACAUGGAAUCGGUUCAGCUGUCUCAUUCGGGAUCGACAACACAUUCCAGCUCGAUCCCCGGCAUGUUCUCGCCCGAUCGCUCUUCGCAUGUCAAUUCCAGUGGGUCAAUCGCUGAUGACCAAGUCCAACGAGCUCCCAAUCGGGAGGAGCGAUUCACAUCAUGGGUAGCCGACCAUCGUCUCGACCUGGAACAACGAAUCCUUGGUGACCGCGCUGGGCGUCGCGAAUCGCGUCUACCUGGUCGACCAGCACCGUCGCAUAGUUCUCUUAGAGAUGCUGCUGCAUCUCAAUAUGCGCCAAGAGGACCGUAUGUCCCAAUUGAGUUGCAGUCCGCAGCAGCAGGAAGCUCCGGUGAAGCACGGUCGCAUGCGCGCUCAGGACGAGAUUCGCAUGGAGCACACCCCCCGCCAGACCCUGAAGACCUCCGAUGCAGGCAAUCGUUCGUAUCACGGCUGAAGGAGAAGAAACUGCGGAGGCGACUGAUCACGCUAGUUAUAUCCGCAUGUUUCCUCAUACUCGUUAUCGCCAUUUACCUUGCAUUCGCUGCUUCCCGUACGACAUUGGGCCGAGAGCUCCAAAUUCUUCUCAUCUUCAUGAUCUUAAUUCUUGGCAUUGUUUUCUGUCAUUCUCUCACGCGCUUCUUGAUGGCACUGUUACGACGGCCUGACUCUGAUGUCGCUACGAACCGCAUACCCAGCAGGGCAGGGCCAGCCGGCUAUGCGCAACCAGCGCGUCCUAUCCACGUUAUUUUAGCUGGCGAUGAGGACGUCGGAGCAGCGAGCCCGAAUGCCGUGCGCGAAAAGGUCACGGCGCCUCCUCCGGCCUACGGUCUCUGGCGAGAAAGUGUGAGGAUCAACCCCGACUUGCUGUACUGGCAGCGCAUCGAGAAUAGCAAUGCAAAGGGCGUUGGCAGGCAUGGGAGCAACAAAUCGCGGAUCCCACGGCCGCCUAGCUACACCUCUGACAACGGCGUCGACUAUGUGAUAGAAGCGCAACCCCGAUCAUUCACACAAUGGCGCAUUCCUGAAGAACCAGGGCAUCAACCGUGACCCGUACAUAUCCCUCUCUCUUUUCUCGACAUACUGAAGCUGGAUUCACCGACACAAUGACAUCCACAAUCGUCUCGUUAUCCGCAAAAUUCUUUAUAUAGCGGCACUGUGAUCACCUUC